AUGGGUUCCCUCUCCCAAACGCACUCCUCGCGCCUCUUCGAGCCCAUCAAGCUCGGCAACCUCACCUUACAACACCGCCUCGCCAUGGCGCCCCUGACGCGCUUCCGCGCCGACGACUCACACGUGCAACUCCCCUUCACGGCGACGUACUAUCAACAGCGCGCUUCCGUCCCAGGCACACUCAUCAUCACCGAAGCGACGUUUAUUUCAGCCAAGGCAGGCGGCUACCCCAACGUCCCCGGGAUCUACAACCAGGAACAGAUCACCGCGUGGCGGAAAAUCACCGACGCUGUCCACGCCAAGGGCUCCUACAUUUACCUGCAACUGUGGGCACUAGGUCGGGCCGCGAACCCCAAGGUCCUCGAGGCGGAAGGUCCCUUCGACGUGGUCUCCGCGUCCGACAUCCCCAUCGACAGCGACCAUGCCCAACCGCGACCCCUGACCAAGGAGGAGAUCAAAUCCUUUGUGCAGGAUUAUGCGCAAGCCGCGCGCAAUGCGAUUGAGGCCGGUUUCGACGGUGUCGAGAUCCACGGCGCGAACGGCUACCUGGUCGACCAGUUCUUGCAGGACACGUCCAACAUGCGCACGGACGAGUAUGGCGGCAGCAUCGAGAACCGGUCGCGCUUUGCGCUCGAGGUGUCCAAGGCCGUGGUUGACGCGGUUGGCGCUGACAAGGUCGGCAUUCGCCUGUCGCCCUUCAGCUCGUUCCAGGGCAUGAAGAUGCAGGACCCCUACCCGCAGUUCACGCACGUCAUGGAAGGCUUGAAGAAGCUCAACCUCGCGUACGUCCAUUUGGUGGAGUCGAGGGUGUCCGGAAACGCCGACAUCGAGGGCACCGAAAAGGUCGACCCUCUUCUUGACGUGUGGGGGAACACCUCCCCCGUGCUGCUUGCUGGAGGCUUCAGACCCGCAUCCGCCAAGCGCGCCGUGGAUGAAGAAUACAAGGACCGCGACAUUAUCAUAGUUUUCGGCCGGUAUUUCAUCUCCACGCCGGAUUUGCCCUUCCGGAUCGCCAACGACAUUGAGCUCGCGCCAUACGACAGGGAAAAGUUUUACAACCCCAAGUCCGAGUCCGGCUACAUCGACUAUCCCUUCAGCAAGGAGUUCGAGCACGCGAACGGCAGACUCUAG